UUUUUAUUUACAGUAUUGAUUAAUUUAGAGAAUUACAGGUGAUUCUCAAGUAUGUUUCCUCUUCAACAAAGAGCAGCUGGCAAAAAUGAAGACAAACAUUUUGUUUUUAUGUCAUAUCCUCCUUCCAUUCACUAACUUAUAAAUAUUUUCCCCUAUCUUUACUUUUAGUUUUGGUUAUCAGUGAUUUCUUUCUGAAUGCUGUUUGUUUUCUGACACAAAUUAAGUAAAAUAUUAACCUAUAAUGUUUUUUCAAAGAAAGUCAAAUUGUUGGAAUACAAAAUACAGGCAAAUCAAAUGUAGAGAUACAUCAUUAGUUGAGGCCAUGGAGAAUGAUUUUAAUCCAUUUGACUACUCUCCGUUACAAAGUUCAAUGUUGCAAUCUAAUAAUGUAGGAUUUGAUCUGAUACAAACCUUUGCCCCAGUGUCUCAAAUCUGCACUCCUCGUGCGAUCAGGAGAUCACCAUCGAUCACCGAUUGUAGCAGUCCACGGAUGGACUCCUCAUUUCUGCAACAACAAUGGACUUCAUCCUCGGACACCAGUGAUGCCAGCAGCAGUGAUCUCUCAGAUAUGAUGGCGACUUUAAGUUUAUCUCAAGCCGGGACACAAUCUCCUCUCACAGAGCAAGAGUUGGCCAACCUGCGUGCCUUGCACACUUUGACCUCCGGCUCCGGACUGUGUAGUGUCAGGCUGCCUCCCCCUCUGCUGCACUCAAUCAUCCAUCUGGACAACAGAUGGAGCUACAACGAGGAUGUCGACCUGCUAGAAAAAGUAGCCCGCUUUCACCGCAAUCAAGCUGCGUCGUUCUUUGAAGCCGCCUGCAGAUGGGAAGGAGAUCUGCCCCGACGUUUUCCAGAAAAUCCUACUUUCUCCUGCAAAGUUUUCCUUGGAGGAGUGCCUUGGGAUGUUACGGAGGAGUCUCUGGUGAAUGUGUUCAGUCAGUUCGGCAAAGUGAGGGUGGAAUGGCCGGGCAAGGACCAAUCCGUGAAUCAGCCCAAGGGGUACGUCUACAUCGUGUUUGAAUCCGAGAAACAGGUCAAGAUCCUGCUGAAUAACUGUUCUUGUGAAGUUUCCAACUUCAACUCCGAAAAGUGGUCAUUCCGCAUCUCCUCCAGAAAAAUGAAAUCCAAAGAGGUGGAGGUCAUUCCUUGGUGUCUUACUGACAGCAACUUUGUUCAACUACCCUCCCAGAAACUGGAUCCUCAUACAACCGUAUUUGUCGGAGCCCUCCACGGGAUGCUCAAUGCUGAAAGUCUUUUCACCAUCAUGAAUGAACUAUUCGGAGGGGUCGUCUAUACAGGUAUUGACACGGACAAGUUUAAGUAUCCCAUCGGUUCUGCUCGAGUUACCUUUAAUAACUGGCAGUCAUAUAUGAAGGCGGUGACAGCAGCAUUUGUAGAAAUAAAGACAUCUAAGUUCACCAAAAAAGUUCAGGUGGAUCCUUACUUGGAAGACUCUUCCUGCUCUUAUUGCAUGGUCCAACAAGGUCCGUACUUCUGUAGAGAGUUUACUUGUUUUCGUUACUUCUGCCGCAGUUGUUGGGGUCUGUACCACCAAUCUGAUCUCCAAUCGAGUCAUAAACCACUCAUGCGUAGCUCCAAGAAUAAUAACCUCUCUUUUCCAUAAAAAUGUUUUACGACGAAAACGAUUAAUUAUGUUUUGGCGUUGUGACACACUGAGAUAAUUUUACUUUAAAAUCUGUUCCCUGAAGUAUUUUAUACAAAAUUGUGCUUGAAAAUGGUAAUGAAAUCUUAUUUCUUCAAUUAACUUUUAAUAUAGUUAGGGUACAUAAUCUAUUUUUUGUUUUUAAUUCAUGUCCCCUUUGUGAUAUGAUCUUUUUAAUACAUUCCUGAGUUUUAUAUUAUUUGUUUUAUACAUGUUUAUAAGCCUACAUGCUUUGCUUCCUUGUCCUGUAUGUCUUAAGUUCUUUUAUACUUGGUAAUGUUCUUGUUUAACUCAAUUUUUCUCCAAGGCUUUUAGUUUUGAAUUUAAUUUUAUUUGUAUGUAAGUUUUUAAGGAAAGUUAAUUUCAGUUACUAUUUUAUUUCUCCAUUUUAAAAGUUUUAAGUUGUCUGUAUCAUUAUUGUGUGCUGUAUUAUUUAUUGUUUGCUGGAAUGUUAUGAACUAAUAAAAUAUGCCUGCUUUUUAA